UGCACCAGGAGGAAGUAUCCUGUACAUGACCUCCCUGCCAGGAUCCCUCUGGGUCUGAAGCCGUUGACAGUCUCCACCCGGCUGGUCAGCCUCUUCACCUCUCCUCAGGUGAAGUUCUACUGGAACAUCUUGUCCUACUUCAGCUUCCUGCUGCUGUUUUCUGUGGUGCUGAUGAUCGACUUCCAGACCACGCCCUCCUGGAGGGAGGGGCUUCUCUAUGUCUGGCUCAUCUCAUUGGUCUGUGAGGAGGUCCGACAGCUGUUCCAUGACCCAGAUGGGUUUGGGUUCCGUAAGAAGGCUGAUAUGUACAUUAAUGACAUGUGGAACAUUCUAGACUUUCUGUCCAUACUGCUCUUCAUCAUCGGCCUGGCCUUCAGACUGACCACCAGGUUGUUCUAUGCAGGGAAGGUCAUCCUGUGUAUCGACUUCAUCAUCUUCUGUCUUCGUCUCAUGGCCAUAUUCAUCAUCAGUAAAACUCUGGGCCCCAAGAUCAUCAUCGUCAGGAGAAUGAUGUUGGACAUGUUCUUCUUCAUGUUCCUGCUGAGUAUCUGGGUGGUAGCAUACGGCGUUGCUAAGCAGGGCAUCCUCAUCCACAACGAGGACAGACUGGACUGGAUCGUCCGGGGCGUCAUCUACGAACCAUACCUUAUCAUCUUCGGGAAUAUGCCCUCUAACAUCGACAAUGCCCUGUUUGACAUCAAGGCCUGCAGUGUAAAUGGUACAGAGUCUCAAAAGCCUAAAUGUCCUAUUCUUAACGAGGACAAGAUGCCUGCCUUCCCUGAGUGGCUGACUAUAAUCCUACUGUGUGUCUACCUGCUGUUUGCCAACAUACUGCUGCUCAACCUGCUCAUAGCAAUCUUCAACUAUACUUUCCAGGAGGUUCAGGAUAACACAGACACCAUCUGGAAAUUCCAGCGGUAUGAACUGAUCAAGGAGUACCACAGCCGACCCGCUGCCCCCCCUCCACUCAUCCUCCUCUCCCACAUCUUCCUCUUCAUCAGACGCAUAGUGCUGCAGAGACCCCCCAAUAGUUACAGAGCCUUCAAGGAGAGGCUGCCUGAGGUGGAGGAGGAAGAGUUAUUAUCGUGGGAAUCCUUUAUGAAGGAUAACUACCUUCUCUCCUGCAGACAGCAGCAGAGCCAGAGCAUGGAGCAACGUACCACAGACACCGCUGACAAGGUUUGCACCAUAACAGAGCUGCUACAGAGGGAGGAGGCCACAGGGUCGGUUGCUUUAGUGAAUAGAUUGACCAGACUGGAGGAGCAGGUCUCCCAGUCAGCCAGAGCUCUCCAGUGGAUCAUGGACACCCUCAAAGCUCAGGGUCUACACUCUAAAGAGGAGGCUCCACAGCUGGCCUCACCUGGUAAGCUGAAGAGGUCUGAAAGUGAACCCAAUGAACCCCAUAGACAGGAGAAGACAGAGAGAGAGAAGACAUUUUACCAUGUCAACGCCCGGCGUCUGGACUACCCUGACAGUACCAUCCCUCGCUUCCCUGUUCUUGAGGAGAAGGUGCCCUGGGAGGUUGACUUCAUCCUUUACAAUCCUCCUGUUCUGAAUGGAGACAGCCAGGAUCAGACAGAUGGAUCAGAACCUGAUUCUGUAAAGCGUUACAGAAACCCAGGAGGCAGGACAGGCAUGAAAGGAAGAGGAGCACUGACCUGUCUGGGUCCAAACCUGAUCCUGGACCCUGUCCUCACACGGUGGAGAGACAGUGGGAGAUCUGCUCUGGAGUUCCUGGCGGUCUGGGACCAGGAGGAUGGGCUCUGGACACUACCUGGGGGUCCUGUCCAAUCAGACGAGCCCCUGCCAGACAGAUUACUGAGGAUUAUGGGACAGAAGAUCUAUGACAGGAUAAAAACUAACGUGGUAGAGGUAACCAAGGUCCAUGAGGGCUACGUAGACGACGUCAGGAACACAGACGAUGCCUGGGUAGAAACUACAGUCCUGAACAUCCAUCUAGACAGGAGAAGUCUACUGAUGGCUGAUAUCAACCGCAUGGCUGAGAAUACCGUGGGCUGUGUGGAGCUGGUCCGGUGGACGGAGGUGAAUAGCAGGACCAGGAUGUGUUCUUACCAGAGAGAUGCUCUGAGACGGGUGGCCGAGCUGCACCAGAGGACCUUCUAACUUCACAAGAGGACCUUCCAGCUGCAUCAGAGGACCUUCUAGCUGCACCAGAGGACCUUCUAGCUGCACCAGAGGACCUUCUAGCUGCACCAGAGGACCUUCUAGCUGCACCAGAGGACCUUUUAGCUAGAAAGAGGACCCACAAUGUACUGUUUAGGGUACUGUUGAGAUACACUGCACUGUUUAGAGUACUGUUGAGAUACACUGUACUGGUUAGAGUACUGUUGAGUUAUAAUAAUGUAUGAGACAUGUAGGAGGACUAUAUAUAAAUCACAUUUUAUUGGUCACAUACACGUGUUUAGCAGAUGUUACUGCGGAUGUAGCGAACUGUUUGUAAAUAUGUCUUCCUUCACUGUGAGAUACUAUAUGUAUAUAUUUGAUAGGCCUUAAUAGUACAUAUACCGUAAUGUAGUGUAUACUGUGGAAGUUCAGAUUAAAAGAGGACAGAAUGUUGUGGUAGAUUAAUUUCCUGUAUUACCAAAUGAGGAGAGUUACAAACCACACACCAGUCAGAGUUAUACUUAAACUUCACCUUUAAUAAUACUUACUAAGCUUUUGCAAUAGCAUUUGACUUUCAACGAUUCUCUAAUGAAAAGUUGAGAGUGUCAACAUAAUGGCAACUGAGAUCUUUUAUAGCAAAGAUCCACCCCUCUCAAUUACAUGACAAACCACUCUUCACAAAGGGCUUUUUAUUUUAGAAAGGAGUAUCCCAUAGCCAGAUAGCAUUAGCUAUAAAUUAUUGUUCAGUUUGUUCUCUAAGACGAGGUUCUAAUCUCGUUCCUGCUACUUCAUAGUACAAAAACACCAACUCAUCCAAUGGCAUAUAUCAAUUGUCAACUCUAGAUACUCCCAUCUCAAGAAUCCCCCACUCCUGGACAAGCUCACUGAGGGGAGUGAGCCUCUAGGUCAUAUACUAGGUCAAGAUAAGGGCAACAUCAGAGGGGACAUACAAUGGUUCCAGACACUGCCAUACUCCUCCCCCAAUGGGAAAAGGAGAGAGUGACUGGCGUACAGACAUUGUGGAGACAAUUAAUUGGUUCCCCAUUAAUCACGCCAUCCCUUCACAUGGUUUAAGAAGAAGAAGACAAUGUUCCAUUCUGUCCUCCUCCCCUUCUGAUAUUCUGCAUAGCACCAGAUGGUUUAACAGAUACAUUCACAUAUGAAGACAAGCCUGAUCUCUCCCCUCUCUGGGCCCCAAGUGACUGAGCCCUAGCUGAGAAGUGCAACUGCCAACCCUAUAGUCCAAAGGGAAACAUUCUAAUGACAAGUAUCUCGAAUAAGCAUAUUAUGUAAAUAAAACAUAUUUAUGUUACCCAACUAAUUCUGAUUCAUCCACCACAAUGUACUGACGUAUCAGAUAUAAGCAAGCAAACUCGAUUAGACCAGUUAGCCCAUAAUGAAAACAUAUGCACAUAGUCAAGGUGGGAAUUAUGGGGGGCUCAGCGAUGUUAACUCCCCUAAAUUCUGAUGUCAAAUGUCAAACUAUGGGGAGGGGAAUUCUCUAAAUAAUGCUAAUUCAAUAUUCUCCUAUUUCUUUCAAAUGCAGUGGUAAAUAUGUUUUACAGUGGUAAAUAUGAAAAUAAAAGCUUCCAAAUGAGAGAAA